AAUGCUUCAAGGUUGUUUGUCUGGCGGAAUAGUGAAACUUUCGGGUGCACUUUUCGUUUUGAUUACCAGCCACUCUUAAUUCUACACCAAACUGCGGAAACAAUCUGAUUAACGGUUAAACAAAAAUCCAUCAGCAGUAAUGGUUGUUGAAGUGUAUAUAUCAUCUACUUCUGGAAAUACAAACGUCAAAAGUAGACAACAGUAUAUAAUGAACAUCCUCUCCGCUGCGAAGAUUCCCUACGAAGUCAAGGAUAUUUCAUCUUCAGAAGCUAGCAAACAAUUUAUGUGUAAAACCCUAAAGGAAAACGGAAAGACCCCAAUAGCUCCUCAACUCUUUCUUGGAACAGAGUAUCUUGGGGAUUAUGAAGAAUUUAUUGAAGCGAAUGAAAAUGAAAUGUUAAUGGAAUUUUUAAAAAUGAACGAUUCCUCUCACACUGAACGUUUAGAAGCUGAAUCAUAGAUAGAUUCGAUUAAAACACACACACACACACACACAAACAAACAAUGAUACCCGUGUUUCUUUUUUUGAUAAAGUAAUUCCUCCAUCUUGUCUUGUCUUACCACCGUCAUUAUUAUUACUUGUCUGUUUUCUACAAACUUUAAUAUACAUUUUUUGUGUUUUGGUUGUUUUUUUGUUCAACACUUUUUAUAUAUAUGCUUUAGUUGUUUGUUUCUUUUGAUUCAUGUCUAAUAUAAGUUAUUGAUAUAUAUACUACUUAUU